AUGGGUUCUGUUCUUUCAACCAUUUUUUCGAACAAUGAAAAAGCUCGGGCCAGAAGGGGUGGCCUUCGACUCAAACCGGUUGGUCUUGGAGACUUGCCUGAGAACUGUCUAGCCAUGAUUCUCAACCACUUUGACCCGGUAGAGAUCUGCAACUUAGCCCGUUUAAAUCGUGCAUUCUAUAGAGCUUCUUCUGCUGAUUUCUUGUGGGAACCAAAGUUGCCAGAAAACUAUGGUGUUCUAGUGAAGAAACUGCUUAUGCUUUACGAGUAUGAUCAUCAGUUUUGUUUGAAUGAUAUUUAUGGUAGAUUGUGUCGUCCCAUUCGUAUUUCCAAUGGUACCAAGGAAGUUUGGUGCGAGAAGAGAACAGGAGGGAUGUGCAUGUUAGUUUCUUGGGAGGGCAUGAAGAUAACCGGAAUACAUGAUAGGAGAUAUUGGGCACAUAUCUCUACUCCUCAAUCAAGAUUUCAUACAAUUGCAUACCUUAAACAAAUAUGGUGGCUAGAAGUUGAAGGAGAUAUUGAAUUCGAUAUCCCAGAGGGGAAUUACAGUCUAUUUUUCCGUCUUCAUCUUGGAAAACCAUUGGAAAGUCAAGCGCGACUUGGUUCAUCAAACAAUCACCUAGUUCAUGGGUGGACCAGUCAUCCAGUCCACUUCAAAUUUUCAACAUCAAAUGGUCGGCAUGCCAUGUCCAAAUACUUCCUAAAUGAUCAAGGCAAAUGGCUAUGUUACCAUGUUGGUGAGUUUAUUGUCAAAGACUCGUUUGAAACCACAAAGAUCAAAUUCUCAAUGACCCAAAUUGAUUGUACUCAUCAAAAGGGAGGUUUGUCCUUAGAUUCUGUACUUAUAUGUCCAAGUAACAUUGAGACAAGCGCAAUGGUUUAAACCACUCAUCAAGCUUCAACGCGCGCGU